ACCCAUCUUCCUAUCCUUUCUUGUCUGACGACAGACACUUCGCCGUCCACACCUCUCUUCUCUCUUCCCCCUUCCCUCUCCCUCCAACUCCCUACGACCAUAUUUCUCCAUCUAUCCUCGCCCUGUUCGCUGCGCGACCCAUCCACAUCCCAUCUUCAUCGACCCCUCGUCUCGUCGACCGCUUUUUCCACCCCACCACGCCUGUGCACCAGGGUCCAACAAGUCUCAUCACUCUCGACGCACAGUAGAACCGUUUGUGCACAUUAUUUCGGUAACACACAAGUCUGUGUGCCAGACCCAGCACACCUCAGUCAAUGAGCAGGCCACAUGAAGAUGGCCCGCCUCAUGCUUCGUCCCUGCGCAUCGCCUCCAAUAAUGCUACCCUUCCCAAGAAUAAGAGCACCGGCAACCUGCUGGCCCAUAACCCGCGCACUCCCUUCGCCUUGAACACCUCAAACCUGGGCAAACGCUCAAGUAUUGAUGCCGGCCAGCUAGACAGGAUUGCGAGAUCUCCCAUCAUUCCUGAGCACGAACAUGGUUUGGGAGCCUCGGGCCUCCGCCGCAUUCGCCAUCAACCCACUACCCGCCUUCCACUCCCCUCUGGAGCUGGUCCGAACCCUGUCCCACGUUCUGCCUCCUUGACCAUCACCCCACCUACUUCCGGAUCCGCCUCUGCGGCGCCCUCGGCGCCUCCCUCACCGACGUUUGGGCCCGGCGAAGACCUCCGUCGCUUCGGCUCCGAGUCACUCCAUUCCUUCUCCUUCACAACGCAAGCAGAGGAGUCGGUCCACAACAGGCAGAAUGUGCUGAAACGCUCCAUUGACUUCAUGCGGGACCGGUUGGGCUGGGCAGCUACGAAUACCGGCAUUGCAAGCGCGCAGGCGAAGCUCAGUGGGGACCAGGACGUGCAAAGUAUGCUGGAGCUAUUGACACGAGCACACCUCAUUGGUCAGGACGCAGUGGGAGCUCAUGGACUGGGCACUUCCGGACCCCUGAGUGGGCCCGCUGAGGUGCCCGGAGAGAACAUAUUUGAGAGGAGUCUGAUCCCACGCUCCGAGAGCCCGGAGAGCAUGCUGAGCCCUACGAAGCCGAAGUCAUCCGAAACAGGUAGCACACAGCACUCCGGAGACACGGCCUCAUCCGGGUCUGCGCAAGAGGACUCGGUGCCCGCUUUACCUUCACCACCUCCUGCGCGCCCUACGCUCAAAAGGACACUGACAGACGUUGAGCCCCUAACGAUACAAAGUCAGCUGAACGAUGCGUUGGCACAACCAUAUCGGGUGCCAGACCACGGCCAGAUCCCACAUGUAACGUCUCCACUCGGCGUGUCAACCGCGCCGAUAGCCUUGCCUACCGGUCCUGGUCUUCAUGCGGCGGGGCCGGCACCUCAUGGUCCUGGCAAUAGAUGGACGCCUGCUGCUCAGGCCAUUUUCACCACGGAAGCGCAAGCACCGUGGACCAUAACAGCCGCCAACGAUCUGGCGUGCCUGGUUUUCGGCGUGACGAAGGCAGAAGUGCGAAGGUUGGGCAUCCUCGAAGUGGUUCAGGAAGGACGCCGGAGGUGGUUGGAGGAGAAAUUGAGCAAUCCCGACAUAGGUUCAAAGGCCUCAAGGGAUGCACCUAGCCAGAGUCAGCAACCAGGUGCCAAAACGACCUCCCUGAAAAUGGGCAACGGAGUCACGGCAAAGCUACUCAGUAAACCGUCGUCGAGACAGGUCGCCCAGAGCAGACGAGCCAAGACGGAUGACGGAAGCGGGUCGUCGUAUGCCUCCAAGAAGAACAUGAAAGGCCCUAAUCACGAGUCGAAAGGGUCAAGGGGCGUUCUCCUUUGCGGCGAUGUGGUUCCCAUACAGAAGCGGAACGGUGCAACGGGAGCUGCUAGUCUCUGGGUCAAGGAGAAGCGCGGUGGCCUGAUCUGGGUAUUAGAGGAGAUCGCGGAGGACGUCGUAUACGUUGAAGUCGACGAAGUGGGUUGCGUGAUAAGAGGGCAAGGCGCGGUAGAGGUUGUAUUCGGAAGUGAGCGGCUGCGAAGAGGCAUGGAUCUGAAACGCCUCAUACCCGCUAUACCACGCCUCGAGGGCACGAACACUGGGGCACUGGAUUUCGACCGGAUUGCCGAACUUCGAAACUUCACGGCACGGACGUCGAACAAUAUCAACAUCCCUGUCACCGUCGAAGCAAUGUCAGGAAGUGCCACCUUCCGGGUUUCGAGCUUUCCUCACAUUGCCGGUAUUGUGGUCCUAUCUGCUACCGACCUCACGAUUGCCAGCUCCAACACAGUAUUCACAUCGGCCCUGUUUGGACAGCCACAGCCGAUAGGACACCACAUCCGCGACCUCAUCCCUGCACUUGACAAACUCUUGCACAUUAUGACGGACGAGGAUAAGAUCGAACUCGUAGACGGUAUCGUGAUUCCCGAGCACAGUUUCCGAAGAGCCCGUGCUCUACUUGCCAUGCGAGAAGGCCGAGCAGACGCCGCAUCAGUAUUUCUGAGGCCAAGUGGCUUGCCGGCAGUACACCGUGAUGGUUUCGAAAUUAUGGUGGACGUCCAGAUGAGGGUGGUACGGAACCGGUCACCAAAGCUCCGCGAUUCGGAGGACGUGAUUGUUGAGGAGCAGCAAGAACAAGACCCGGAUCUGGUAUAUGCGCUCUGGAUCACAUAUUCGAGACAUCUGCAUGCCUCAAACCACGGUCAAGGCCCUGUGACUCCCCUGAUAUCCCGACCAGCAACGCCGCCACAUCAGCCCUCGCCGGGGCAGUCACUGCUGUCGUCACCCGCAGAUACAGGAAUGACCAAAAACGAUACGAAUGCAAGCACGCUGCAUGCGUCGCUACUUGCAAAGCAGAUCCACGACGUCACGGCGCCGAAGACUGCAUCAAAACCCCAGGCUAAGAACAUGGACCCUGAGCCGACGAAUGCAGUGGCGCCCAAGAAGAAGACGAUCGAUGACUUUGUCAUAUUGGAGGAUAUGGGCCAAGGAGCCUAUGGCCAAGUGAAGCUCUGCCGGUACAAGAAGAACCACGGCAAAAAGGUGGUUAUCAAAUACGUAACCAAGCGGCGCAUCUUGGUCGACACGUGGACGCGGGACCGUAAGCUUGGUACAGUACCUCUUGAGAUACACGUUUUGGACUAUCUGCGACGUGACGACCUGAAGCACCCGAAUAUCGUUGAGAUGUACGACUUCUUCGAGGAUGACAUCAACUACUACAUCGAGAUGGUUCCGCAUGGCCUUCCUGGAAUGGACCUUUUUGACUAUAUAGAAUUGCGAGUGAAUAUGGAGGAGAAGGAGUGCCGCAAGAUCUUUGUCCAAGUUGCCGAGGCAGUCAAUCACCUGCACAACAAAGCAAAGGUCGUCCACCGCGACAUCAAGGACGAGAACGUAAUCCUGGACGGCGAGGGGAAUAUCAAGUUGAUCGACUUUGGCAGCGCCGCAUACAUCAAAAGCGGUCCAUUUGACGUGUUCGUUGGCACAAUAGACUAUGCUGCUCCCGAAGUGCUUGGAGGCAAAGCUUACCGUGGGAAGGAGCAGGAUGUGUGGGCCCUGGGCAUCCUCCUGUACACCAUCGUGUACAAGGAGAACCCGUUCUACAGCAUCGACGAAAUCAUGGAUCACGACUUACGGGUGCCCUAUAUCAUGAGCGAGGAGAGCAUCGACCUGAUCCGGUUGAUGCUGGACCGAGAUGUCGAGAGGCGCAUUACCAUCAGCCAAGUGCUGGAGCACCCGUGGUGCCAGGUGGUGGAUACGCCGGUUUGACGCUGCCUGAGCGGCUGGCGGCAGAGAUCAGGAUAGGGAUCUGGAAGGAUUUUUGACGAUUUUAUCUACGACUUGUGAGGCUUCUGACGAAGAACGGUAUGCUUCUGGAUGGGCAAGAUUGACAAGACGAGGCGUCGCAUAUAGAGGGGAUGGAUUGAAGAUGAUGCGAAGCAUGACAAGACGGCAUUGGGGCUGAAUCGUUGAUAUUCCGUCUUUACAUUCUUAUGUAGAGAGAUUUUCAUUUCGUUUGUUCUCGCAUUCGAAGGUCGGAGAGAUUGAGGGAAGGGAACAAGAGAGAGAGUGCGUAACGCGUUUUCAUUAUUGGAUGAUUUCUCAAUUUGAUACCCAUACAUGGUUACCUAGAUGUAUGUAUGUAGUGCGGUUUGCGGGAUGAAUAGGCUAGACUUAUCACGACGCUGGAGUACCCUUAGGGUAGGUGGAAGUCAUACGGACAAUUGAUCAUGGU